CUUGUCUCUCUUUAUUUCACAGAAAAGGCCACGGAUGGCUCCCUGCAGAGCGAAGAUUGGACACUGAACAUGGAGAUCUGUGACAUUAUCAACGAGACGGAAGAAGGUCCCAAGGAUGCCAUCCGUGCGUUGAAGAAGAGGCUGAAUGGAAAUAAAAAUUACCGAGAAGUGAUGCUGGCUCUGACAGUAUUGGAAACUUGUGUGAAGAACUGCGGCCAUCGCUUCCAUGUCCUCGUGGCAAACCGUGAUUUCAUAGAUGGCGUCUUGGUGAAAAUCAUCUCGCCCAAGAACAACCCCCCCACCAUCGUACAGGAUAAAGUACUAGCGCUCAUUCAGGCUUGGGCAGAUGCGUUUCGCAGCAGCCCUGAUCUCACUGGAGUAGUGCAUAUUUAUGAGGAACUCAAACGAAAAGGGAUCGAGUUUCCCAUGGCAGAUCUUGAUGCGCUCUCUCCAAUACACACACCACAGAGGAGUGUUCCUGAAGUGGAUCCUGCAGCCACUAUGCCCACGUCCCAGUCCCAGCAAAGGAUGAGCAACAGUUCAUAUUCAUCACCUUCUCCCACGGCCUACUCAGCUCCUCAGGCUCCACCGUUGAAUGUGACUGGUCCUAUCACUGCCAAUUCUGAACAGAUUGCCCGGCUGCGCAGUGAGCUGGAUAUUGUUCGCGGGAACACAAAAGUGAUGUCUGAGAUGCUGACAGAGAUGGUCCCAGGACAGGAGGAUUCAUCCGAUCUAGAGUUACUACAAGAGCUGAACCGGACCUGUAGAGCUAUGCAGCAGAGGAUUGUGGAACUGAUCUCGCGAGUGUCCAACGAAGAGGUGACAGAGGAACUGCUGCAUGUGAACGAUGACUUAAAUAAUGUCUUCCUUCGAUACGAGAGGUUUGAACGGUACAGGUCAGGCCGGUCAGCGCAAAAUGCCAGUAAUGGAGUGCUGAACGAGGUGACGGAGGAUAAUUUAAUAGAUUUGGGCCCUGGCUCCCCAGCCGUGGUGAGCCCAAUGGUGGGAAGCACGGCCCCCCCACCCUCGCUUUCCUCACAGCUUGCAGGGCUUGACUUGGGUACAAACAGCGUCAGCGGCACGCUCAGCUCCCUACAACACUGCAACCCUCGGGAUGACUUUGACAUGUUUGCACAGACAAGAGGCAGCUCCUUGGCUGAUCAACGGAAGAGUGUGACGUAUGAGGAUCCACAGGCUGUCAAAGGACUGGCAUCUGCUCUGGAUGUUCGAAAACAGAACGCAGGAGGGAGGAGAGGUAAAGGUGGGAACUCAGACAUGGAGCCCAUAGACAAGUGGCUAAUUACACAAGGAAUGAUCCCCGUUGCACAGUCCUCUGUCAUGGAUGACAUUGAGGAGUGGCUCAGUACCGACUUGAAAGGAGACGAGCUGGAAGAAGGAGUGACCAGUGAAGAGUUUGAUAAGUUUUUAGAAGAACGAGCCAAAGCCGCGGAGAUGGUCCCCAAUUUGCCUUCUCCUCCCCCGGAGGCCCCCACCCCUCCAGCGAACCCGCCAGGCAGGAAGAAGCAGGAGCGCUCGGAGGACGCCCUCUUUGCACUGUGAAGCUCGCUCCUGGCUCCCUGCCCUGCGCCCGGCAGAGGAACACGCGGCUGUACGGUCACGCUGUCCUCUCCCCAUCCUUAGCUAACGAUGACCCCUUUGCCCUCCUGGUUUCAUAGGUCACUUCUCUUAUCUCUCUCUCUCUCAAGUAGCCCAGCCUCAGAAAGCUGACUCUUCCCAUUUACACCCAACUCUGCUCCUGCCCGGUCACAGUUCUCCAACGCUAGCUUAACCCACCCUGACCCAUCCAGGCUGCCUAAAGCCAGCUCUUGAGGCUGAAAGCCCCUUUAACGAUGCAUGAGGACUUUGCACUUUGACAUGGCCAGGGAGAGUCGCCUUGACUUUUGAUUUGCAGAGAGAUGCGCCUCUUCGGCAGACGGGCCGGCCUGUCAAUCAGCCUGGGACGGGCGGCACUGGCGUGUGCAGGCGAACGCAUCUUGAUGUUUAGAUGCAGCAUCGGUGCGCUGGAUUCUCGGAGGCUCAGGCAGCAAAGAGCAACACUUCCCCACUCCAGAUAUGCUUCACCCAUUAAGACCCUCCGCUUGCAAGGCCCCUAGUACCGUAGCUGCUUUUCCCCACUUUGGGAUGCUGCAGGGUCUUUACCUCAUGGAGUAUUUUUUUUCCGUUGGGUUUAUCCAAUCUUGCUGUCAUUGGACAGCGAUUCGUUGGCCUUGUUCAGCAGAGCUGACGACCGACGAGAACAGGAAACCCCGGGGGUCAGCACUAGAUUGUAUGAAGCCCUGUGGGGGCUUCCUCCCAAGUCUGGUAGGUUUAUCGUCUCAUACAGAUUGUAUCUUUGUGCGAGGGAAAAGGCUGCUCCAGGAACUGUAGCUCUGACACAAGCAGGCGCUGCCUUCAUCCAGCGAGCUCGACAGGAUCCGUACAAACGAAGAGGAAAGCAGCCUGCCUGGGGUGCGACUGGCAUGCGGGAGGAAGGAGCCCCUUUCCUAAUUCCCCGGCAAGUCCUAUGGCAUCGGAGAGGUCAGGACAGACAUGCUUGCUCCAGGAGGCCAGCUGUUGGGAAGGGGGCCAAAGCUGCAAUCACUGGUACAAGUCUACGUAGACAGAUACCAAUGGAAGGAUUUAAUGGCACCGCUUGCUUGAGAUGCAGCUCUUUCUGCCGGGAGGAGCUCCGGACAGCACCGUGGCCAUAUUGUGCAUCGUCUGAGAUGCUCAUGGAGGCUCCCUACGGCAUCUCUGCUUCCUCCUAGCCCUGAGAGGCAGUUGUCUCCCAUUUUGCCUGCACGCUGGCGCUCUCUUCUCUCUGCUCGCCAGAUGCUGCUGCCCUCCUCGGAAAGCCACCACGAACUCCUCGGCGUGCAAGUCUUCUUGGCCACAUCUGGCAGACUGAGCCAGGGCGCGGGAACCCACGCCUGUCAUCUCCACCGUAAUCCUGCCUUUCUCCCACUACCAGUCAUGGCAUGCCUCACGUGUACCCUUGGCAGACAGCCAGGGCGACAGGAUGGCACAGUGGAGGUGUGACUUAAAUAAACGCUUUACAGCAGAGUUAAUCUGCUGGACUAACCUGGAGGCGCUUUAUCAGAUCAGCCCACAGCAUCCGAUUCACCUGCCAGCCCCAGUAGCGUUUCCGUUACUAUUCCUAGGGGCACCAGAGUCUUUAGGCAGCGAAUUGCCUCAUCCUCGGCUGCUACGGUGGAAGCUCCAACUAAGAGGCCUGUCCUUGUGACAGUGUUUGCAUGGGGCUAACACGGUCUUUCCCAGUGCCAGCUCUCUGAGCACUGGCUGUACAAAGUGGAGAGAGGCUUUUGUCUGGAUUUGGUUAGACUGUGGAACGGCUCCUCCAUCUCCGUUAGCCAGCACAUCCUGAGCUAAGUAACAGCAUGAGAGCACCAGGGCCAGCCCCAAACAUCUCCUUGCAAGGUGCUGGGCUGCAAGAUGCUGCUGCAAAGCAGAAUUGUCCGUACGGAUUCCUGAACCCCAGAAAGAAGCUGCCUGCAGCUAGGGGCAGGCAUUUAAGCAAGGCAGCACGUGACAGCAUCAUUUGUGGCCGUGAAAGGGAAACUGGACCCCAGCACGUGUCUGCCGCUACAUUAUAGCUGCAGCACAGCGGGACAGUGCUGCAGUCCAACUCACAGAGCAAGGCAGGACGUUAGGGCAGGGUGAUAAUGGAAGGAAACUCUUUGGCUUGAAGGCCUGGCAGCAAGGGAUGGGCGAAGGGGCAACUCGGGUGGAGCGUACCAGCCUGCUCGGGGGCUGUCAGCAUGCUGUAGUUCGUCCAAGCACGGGGGAUUUUUCUCCCUUCCAUUCUGUAGCUGUCCCUGACCCAAGGCUCUUGUCCCACCCUGCCUUUCCCCGCCCCUCCUUCCAUUCCCCCGCUUGCCCGGGAUCCGCUCCUCGUUGCCUGGGGGGUGAGGUGGGACGCAGCCAAGGUGGUUCUGCCAACCCCCCACUGCAAGGGCCCUAGUUUUGGCCAUGGAGAAUAUGACUGCAUUAAAACCGGAUGCGAGGCGAGGAGGAUGUACUGGCUCACUCUCAUCCUGGGGAAAGGAUGCCUGGAUUAGCUUCGCUUGGCAGGUCUCGCCUUUGGAUGCUGCGGCAGGGAGGCAGCAGAGAGAGGACACCUUGCCCUUCAUCUCCUUCACAGCCUCCCUUGGGAGACGAGGCUGGUCGUACGCACGCACUGAGCUCCAUCUACCUGCACGUGGGGCAGCGAAGGCCAGUGUCAUCGUUCAGGAGUCGUGUCCUGUCGCUGGGUCCCUGGUUAUUACCGCCCCGGCUUUCUCCACGGUGUCACACAUGACCGCACCUUCCCGGGAAACAGUCCAGUUCCCCUGCUGGCUCCAGCCCCACCGUGCCCGCGAUUCCAGCGGACGUCCCUUGCCUGCGGCGAGUGCGUUGCUGCGAGUGCUAAAAGCUCUGUGGGUUUCUUGGCAGGCCUCUUCUUUUCCAAGCCUGGGAACCUGUAAACAGCCACAUCAAGUGAUUCUAAGCAUACUAAUCCAGCCGCCUCGCCAAGUCCUCCGAUUAAUAGCACUGCUAGAGAACAGGGACACUGCCAAGCAGGGCUCACCCGGGUACAGAGCUCGAGGGAGUUGAGACGGGGAGGGCAUCGCUGCAGGGCUCGGAGCUGAGCUGGGAUGAUGACCUGGUGUUGCUGAUGGAGUCCUCCCUCUGCCUAACUUGUCUGCAUCUGCCCUCCCCUAAAGGGAAAGGAGAGGGCACCCCUCUCUCCUCUGCCCCCUGCUUCCCAACCCCUUGAUCCUGAUUGUUCCCCUGGGCGAGAUCCCAGUGGGCUGCCAUGUGAUGGACUGGAGCCCCUGCUAGGGAGGGAUGGAGCAGCUGGGCCUCAACGGGGAAGUGCUGGGUGCCGCUGGGAGUCAGGGCACUUUCUUAUCUGUGCUUCCAGCCUCAGGCCCUCCGGGUUGCCUGCUGUGGCCCUGCGUAUCGAUGAGUUGGAGGUCAUGCUAUUUUUUGUCUGGGAGCAGGCGUCCCCUCAUUAACGGGGCGGGAAGGCAGGGCAGUAACUCACGCUCUGGUCGGCCCUUUGCUAGAUCCAGCGCUUCCAGGACCGUGUCUCCUAUGACACCAGAGGAGCAGCACUUCUGGGCACGGGCUAUUCAAGGCAGGGCAGACGUGGGGCCGAAAGCCAUGGGACAUGACUGAGUGGGCUGCACUUGCUGGAGGAUGACACCAGUUGGUGGGAACACCGAGUGCCCGGAGGAUCUGUUGGUGGACGAACCGUUGCUAGAGGUUCCCAGUAUCCUGUAUCAGGAUCAGCCCGUCUUCCCUGUGCUGCUCAUCAUGGUUUGCAGGAGUGUGAGCAGUUCAAUCCUCCCAGUCUCCCUUUACUUGGGAAAGGCCUGGAUUAUCCCUCGUCUGGAGAAAACUGCUCCCCACCUGGACUCCUCCGUCCAUGGCCAUGCCAAUGCUUCCCCUGCGUGAGCAGGACAGAAGCGACGUGGCGUGGAGACUCCCGGGCCAGGAGGAGCAGAGCUGCUGCUUGAACUGCUUCCGUCCAGGCGCGGCCUAGCAAGGCUGAGAGCUUGCUCAAAGAUUUUGCCUCCGCUGCCACACGCUCCACGACAGUCAUAGUCGGGACCCUCUGCAAGCUCCAACAACACCUUAUCCUAGGUUAGACUAUUUAUUUUGUCAAUGCGUUUUUUUUCUUUCGGAGACGUGUUUAACCUCCUCUGUUAACCCCUCAUGCUCUGAGAUGUACAAAGUGAAUUGUUUCUAUUUAAAUAGCUAUUUGGGGGGGCAGGGGGGCGUUAUGUUCUGCUUUGAUUGUCGCGUAUAGGUUCCACGUGCACCUUUGGCAGGCGUGGGGUAGAUGACAGCGUGCCGUAUGGACUCGUAGGGCCUCUGGUCUGUCCGUGAAGCUCAUAAAAACAUAGCGCGGUGUCUCGGAGGGAAAGGCACAUGUCUGCAGGGUGGUCACAGCCAGACCCCUGGUAGCUUCCAGCAUCCCUUUCUCCUUCCAACUCGAAGAAGCCCCUUCCCCAGGCUCCACAGCGCAGUUCUGGCACCCACAUUUGCAGGGUGUUUCUGCCCUUCCAGGGAGAGGAAGGGGUAAAGCCGUCAGCCUCCCUGUAAGCACAGGGCUUUGGCUGGGCGCAGGUGGUGGCGAGACUCAGUUUCCUCCAAUAGCCGAGGACCGGCGCUGGGCUGAGCGCACUGGUGCCAAGAAGGGAGCACGCUGCCCAGAGGCGCUAGGUAUUAAUCGAAGCAGGGCACGUACCAUCUCACCCAGCUAAGGUCUUCAUACCUGCUUGCUCCCCUGUAGCGCUGCUGUCUGCAGCAAUCGGAACGGGAUGUGCGGCGUUGGAGGCGGGGAGGGCAGCAAGCCUGUCCAAGCAGAGCCCGUCAAGCUGCCCGCCUUGGCCCUGGGCUGUUGUGGAGCCUCUGUGGUUGUCGGGAGGUCCCGGAGGUGGGGUGACAAUGGUCCCCGCCUGGCUCUGCCUGCGUUUACCUCCCAAAUGCCACAAGGCAAACGCAGCUUGGUGGGGUGGGGCAGAUGGUUCUGUUUGGAAAUAACCUCCUGGGCUGCCCCUGGCAUCCUGUGGGCAUCUCCCUGCUGCCCUGGACUGGCCCAGAGCGAGCGUGGCAGCAGGCGUCCCCACCGACCCGCGGCCACUAGCGCUCAGGUGCCACUUCUGUCCACUUAACCCUUUCAAACGAACACCGGCGGGACCAGGCUGCACCCGUGCCCGCUGCCCACGGCUUCCCGAACCCCCGGGCUGGUGCUCUUCCACGCGGCGCUUGAAGACCUCCCUGCCUCAGCCAGGCACCGGCAGCAGCUGCUCCCCUCUCCCGCUGGGAUAACCGAGCCCACACUCGACUGACAGCUGGCUUUGGUCCCAGCCUGUCUCGUUCCCCCCCCAGCUCUCCCUCCUGCUGUCUCUUCUUCCUUGGUGGCAAACAUAUGCCAAACCAACCGCCCCGCUCUGUGUUUUUAUGAGUGCGAGUUCCUCCUCAAUCCCUACAUGUUCCUACGAGCUACUGUUUAACACUACAGACAUAACCCGCGUACUAGCUUCUCCUGUAUAUUAAAGCUGUAGGCUUUCUGGAUAAAAACAAAGUGGAAUAAUAUUUAUUUACUGAAGAUAUUGGAUAUUUUUUUGUUUGGGGCGGGGGCGGGGAAAGGGACUUAACCAUUUAAAAAGACUGACAAUGUAAAAAAAAAAAGAGACUAACCGUCAUUGCUGUCUUCACGUAGAAACCAGUGUAUGUCAGGAUGCUCCAGAUGUAUUAAUCCAUCUCUGAACUUGUUCCAGAAAUCAUCUCUCUAGUUUGGUUCUUGCAUGUGAAAUACUCCAAUAAAGCACUACUCGUGUGAGCUGUUCGAGCCA